AUGGCCGGAUCGGCACCCCUACAAGAUGUUUCUCCAAACCUCACUUUGGUUUUUGUAGCGUUGACGUCUGUCGCUGGCUACAACUGCCUGGAGCUAUUUUCUGGAUCCUCGACUCCUUCAAGCACCGAACCUGUCACCAUCGUUGGUCUCGCAAUCGGAUACUUCUGCAUGGUCACGAGCCUGUCGAUGGUCCUCGACUCGCCCCCUGGAAGUUUUAUUCAUCUCCGCAUCCUUUAUAACCAACAAGCGCUUGGGACAAGCCACCCCUCGCCUUCGAGCGAAUCGCCCCAGCCGGCUCCAUCUUAUGCGAGUACAUCAUUCUGGGCAUAUUACGAAGCUAUCCGCAGCCUCAAACCCAUCAUGGAAGUCAAGGGGCGUGAAGGCCGCAAAGUGUUGAACAUUGUAACCAUCAUAAAUGUCAUUUUCACCCUACUUGAUGGCGGUGCGAUCGCAACUCAAAUCGACAAUCAUUAA